AUCUAAUAUCUCUACCACAAAAUCCACAAUGAUACUUCUAUUAUCCAUAUUUUUUCCCAUAAUCUUCUUCUACCUUUUCCAAAAAACUCGAAAAACAACAAAAUUAAAUCUCCCGCCGGGUCCCCCACGGCUGCCGUUAAUCGGAAACCUCCACCAGAUCGCCACCGCCGGCGACCUACACUUUUAUCUAUGGCGUCUCUCCAAGAAAUACAACUCUCCAAUUAUUCACAUGAAAUUAGGGUCUCUCCCCCUAAUUGUUGUUUCCUCGCCAAAAUUGGCAAAAGAAGUGCUCCAAACUCAAGAUUUGGCAUUUUGUAGCAGGCCUAAAUCCGUUGCUAUGCAAAAACUAGCAUACCAAUACUCAGAUAUAGCCUUCUCACCAUACAGCGAUAAUUGGAGAGAGAUGAGAAAAAUCACAUCCAUUCAUCUCUUCAGCACCAAAAAGGUUCAAUCCUUUCGUCCCAUUCGCGAAGAUGAAAUCUCUCUUAUGAUCGCGAAGAUCUCCAAAUCUGCUUCCUCUCAUCAGGUUGUGAAUUUGAGUGAGAUGGCGACAGCUCUCAGCAGCAGUUUGAUAAGCAGAAUAGCUUUUGGUAGGAAAUACAACAAUAAUGAAUCCGAAAUGAGGCGAUUCAAGAAGCUUCUAGAUGAAUUUGUGGAGAUGACACACACCUUCUUUGUGUCUGAUUACAUUCCUGCACUUGGUUGGGUGGAUAAACUCGUUGGAUCGAGGAAGAGGCUCGAUAGGAUUUUCGAGAAUCACGAUUCGUUCUACCAGGAGCUCAUCGACGAGCAUCUGGAUCCGAAGAGGGCAAAGAAAGAGGAGGAGGAAGAUAUUCUUGAUACUUUGAUCAAGCUUAAGGAAGACAAGUCCUCUUCCAUUGAUCUCAAUUGGAAUAACAUCAAAGCCUUACUAAUGAACAUAUUUGUAGCUGGUGCAGAGACAAGUUCCACAGCAAUCAUUUGGGUGAUGACAGCACUGAUCAAAGCUCCAAACGUCAUGAAAAAGUUACAAGCAGAAAUCAGAAGCACGAUAGACAAAAAGUGCAAAGUAUAUGAAGAUGAUCUUCCCAAUCUUCCCUACCUAAAAGCAGUCAUCAUGGAGUCUUUCCGACUAUAUCCUUCUGCCCCACUUCUUUUACCAAGAGAAACAAGCAAAAAGAGUAUUCUAGAUGGCUACGAAAUUCAUCCCAAGACAAUCGUGUAUGUUAACGCAUGGGCAAUCUCAAGAGAUCCCGAGUACUGGGAAAAUCCAGACGAGUUCAUGCCUGAGAGGUUCUUGAAUAGCAACACUGACUUAAAAGGAAAAGAUUUCGGGCUCACUCCCUUUGGAUCAGGCAGAAGAAUCUGCCCCGGUAUGGUUAUGGGGCUUGCAAAUGUCGAGCUUAUUGUUGCAAAUUUGCUCUAUUGUUUCGAUUGGGAAUUGCCGUUGGGGAUCCGACCAGAAGAUGUUGAUACAGCUCCACUGCCUGGACUCGCAGUGGCGAAGAAAAAUGCACUUCUACUUGUUCCACAUAAAUAUGGUACGAUUUAGGAAAUUGUCACGUGUUCUUCUGCCAGGGUUCGUUUGGUACGCAGUAUGAAAUAAGAUUUGCUAUGUUUGGUUGA